AUGGGCGAGACUUGGUUCCAACGAGAGUUUUUGUCGCCACGCCGACUUUUUUUUAAUAUUUUGUUCUAUGGCUCUCAUGUCGCCCUCUUUGCCUAUGGCUGGUGGAGUCAGGCCACAAAUACCAGGUUAGCUGGCCUCAAUACUCUCAAAUUCUCGGUUUGGUUGUCCCGCGGUGCGGGUCUGGUCCUGGCGUACGAUGGAGGUCUCAUACUCCUCCCCAUGCUCCGCAACAUCAUCCGUGUCAUUCGUCCCAAGCUCGCCUGGGCAUUCCCCGCCGACGAAAACAUCUGGUUCCACAGACAGGUUGCCUACUCUAUGGCUUUCUGGGCCAUGGUCCACACAACCGCCCACUACGUCAACUUUAUCAAUGUCGAACGCACCCAAAUCCGUAAACAAACUGCCCAAGAUAUCCAUUACACUCAACCCGGUGGCAUAACUGGUCAUUUCAUGUUGCUUAUCAUGGUAUUGAUGUAUACAACCGCCCACAAGAAGAUCCGCGCUCAAUGCUUCGAGGCUUUCUGGUACACUCACCACCUCGCAUUCUUCUUCAUGCUCGGCCUUUACACUCACGCAACUGGAUGCUUCGUCCGAGACACUGCAGAGCCUGAUUUCAUCAAGUCAUUCCCCUUCUACUCUACUGAGCACUGCCUGGGCUACUUGAGCUGGAGGUUCAUUAUCUGGCCCGGUAUCAUCUACUUUGGAGAACGUGUUUGGCGUGAGAUCCGUGCACGCAGAGCUACCCGUCUCUCCAAGGUCCUCGUACAUCCCAGUGGUGCCAUGGAGCUUCGCAUUGUCAAGCCAAGUUUCAAGUACACAGCCGGACAGUGGCUUUUCAUCCAAAUCCCGGAGUUAUCAAGUUUCCAGUGGCAUCCAUUCACCAUCACCUCCGCACCCGAGGAUCCAUAUGUUUCAGUGCACAUCCGUCAGGUUGGAGACUGGACACAUUCACUCGGAACACGCCUGGGAGUUGGCCCGUCCGUCGUUGCUGCCAUGACUCAAGCUGCUAUGAAGGGCGCUGAGAAGGAUGAGAAAUACGGCAUCUCUCGUGGCGACUUCGUUGAACUUGACCCCACCGUUUCCUCUAUCACGCUUCCCAGCGUGCGCAUUGAUGGUCCUUACGGUGCACCAGCCGAAGAUGUGUUUAACAACGAAGUUGCUAUACUCAUUGGUGCUGGUAUCGGUGUCACACCAUUUGCGUCCAUUCUCAAGCACAUUUGGUACAGACAAAAGAAAGGAAAGCUUGGUUCUCUCCGUCGCGUCGAGUUCUUCUGGGUCUGCCGUGAUGCCCCGUCUUUUGGGUGGUUCCAAAGCUUGCUUCAGGAAGUCGAAGCUGCUCAAGCUGAUCCGAACUUCCUCCGUAUCAACAUCUACCUCACCCAAAAGAUUGGAGAAGACAUGCUCUGGAACAUUGCCGUUAACGAUGCUGGUGCAGAUUACGACCCCUUGACACUCCUUAGGUCUCGUACCAUGUUCGGACGCCCAGACUGGAAGGCCAUCUAUUCCCAAAUGAGGCAAGCUAUCGAGUCUGGCCAAUACCUCCCCGGAUCCACCUCGCAACUGAAAACCAAAGUCGGCACAUACUUUUGUGGACCUGGAGUUCUCGCCAAGGCAAUCAAGGAGGCUACCGUUGAAAAUUCUAACAAGUCUGUCGAAUUCCUGUUUGCAAAGGAACACUUCUGA